AUGGCGGUGUUGUGUGGUCUUAUUAUUUUGAUAUAUUUAGAAACCGCGCUUUGCAGUGAAGACACGAACACUACAGGAAACGUUAAUAUCACACUCAGAGACACAAACGGCACGUCUGCUGAUCGAAACGAAUCGCUUGAUUUCACGGAUCUGGGCGUCAGUGAAACUCCGGAGUAUUUCGCAGCUCCAACAGCCUGGACUCCAGAAUCCGUGACGGCCUUCCCGGACCAGACCGAGGCCUCGGAGAGCUCCGUCCCCGACACGAGCCCCGAGUCCCCGCGAGCCGCCACAGCAGCUCCGCCUCUGCCGCAGUCUGGCGUCCUUCCCGCGCCGCUCACCGAAGGUGCGAAUGCAGACAGUCAUCUUAAAGACCCCAGACUGUGCAACCAGGAUUCAGCUGUGCAUACCCUGAGCUCUACACAAGAGGCUGUAUCUAGUGUCCAGUCCACUGUCCAGCGAGACGUCAACCCGGAUGUCUUCUGUAUUCAGUCUGCUAACUAUGAGCAAGGUUCAACAUCCGCAACACCAGAAGUUCCCACUGAGGAGAAUUUUGACUCCCUUUUUGGUCGAUUUUUGGGAUUCUUUGGCCGUUCGAGAGUGACCAGUGCACUUCAAAGCCCUGGUGUGGGAAAUUCAUCAGGAUACCAGUAUGGAGAAGUCAUUCAAACCGUGAAUGAGACUGAAGAGCAGGGAUUCUUCACCUUUCCUGCCUCUGCAGGAACAGCUCACUGCUUAGACGCAAACCCUGCUGGUUUUCUGAAGGACCAGACAAGCAGAUGUAUGAGGAGCUUUGAUUUAGUGCAAGAUUGUGAAACACUAGAAGCUCUGCGCUUGGAAACUUAUAUUCAUUUCAACAUCCGUUCUGGGAAGAUCCAGGAAGCUAAAGUCAUUGGUGUGGAGGUGGCAGCCAUUACUCUGCAGUCUUUAGAGGGCACACAGACACCGGUGGACCCAGCUGACCUUGAGUCUUAUAUUCCUGUGCUUCUGGAGUCUGGUGACGUCUAUGCAAAGCCUGUUGUCGAUCAAAGCAUCCACCUAUGUGGCACAGUCCUUGACCCCUGUUUUACUGGGAUAGUUCAGUCCGCUAACCCAAAAGGAUCACUCACUAUUCUUCAAAACUCUGGAGAUCAGGAUUGCUUGUCUGGGUCAUCUCGGCGCUCCCCUGUCCUGUUUGGGAUUGACAUGGUAUCAGGCUGCACUCUGAAGUUGUCCGAUGGAGUUAAUUGUUCUCUGGUAUCUGAAGUCAUUUUGUGGGCGCUAAAAGGCCAGAGCUUUCCGGACCACGUAGCUUCAUUUGGGAAUUCCUUGCCUCAAAACCCCCUGGACUGGGUUCCAAUACAGAACCAAACCAUAGCAUUGGGUACACAGGCUUGCAGCAUACCACUGUCUUACCAUCUUGAAGUAAAAUGGACCAAGUACGGAACCUUGGUGAACCCCCAGGCUCAGAUUGUGAGCGUCAUGGAGACAAUCAUUACUAACACCAGCAGUUUGGCCCUCCUUAUCAGUGCCGAUGGUCUUCUGUCUGUCACAAGCUCAGUGAGUUUUGUUGAUGUCGCUGCAUCUGCCAGUCCAGGAUUCAAAGCUCCUCCUACAAUUGAUGCUAAACUACCCUUUGACUUUUUCUUUCCAUUUGUAUAAUGGAAUAUUUCAGUUUUUAUCUCUUUUGGCAACAACAUGAAUGGAGGACCACUGUUUCUAUAACCAUGUUUCUUUUAAUAUUUUGUCUUACUUGAAGUUAUAGUGUAUAUUUAUUGUCUAGUCAUUUUGUAUAUA